AUGUCUCCUUCAAGAAAGACACUUUGUUUAUUGAUGUUUAUUUCUUGUAUUAGUAUACAAGAAUGCAAAGGUGAUGAUGCUAAAGGGUAUUAUAAUCCUCCAGUGGAGUGUUCUAGAGUCGAUUGUCCACCAUUUACUGUUAUUUAUGGUGAAAAAGAUUUUGAAAUCAGAAAUUACAGUCAAUCUUUAUGGGUGACCGCUCCCGGCGUUGAGCAAUACUCACUCAUGGGUGGUCUUGGGAAAGCUGGGAACAAUUUGAUACCCUAUUAUUAUCGGCAAAUUAACCAAGGAAUGAGCUUUGUACCUUACGGCCCACUUGUGAUGAUGGAUGUCAUAAACAGCACUUACACAAACUAUUUUUACGUGCCUCACAAGUAUCAAAAUGGUGGUCUCCCAAAACCUUUUACACCCGAAAUAAAGCAAGUGAAAUUGCCUAAAUAUAAAUAUGCAGCUGUUAGAAGGAUCCAUGGUGAGAUUAGUGAUGAAAAUGUAGCAGCACAAGUUGAUGCGUUGAGGAAAAACUUGAAAGCUUCUGCUUACCAACGUGCAGCUGAUCGUCCUCAGUUUACAUUUGUUUUGUACAUUUGGGGCAUUUUCAACCAAGGCUACGAACUUCUUAUUUGGUUCGACUAG